CACGCUCUUGCUCUGAAAAAUAAUAAUGUCUGAGAAGACGUGUCUGCUUCUUUCCAUCCUCUUGAUCUCAGUCGUCUUUUUCUUCACAUUACCAACUGCUGGAACUGGAAGAGUACUGCAGGCCGAUGCACCUGCGCAAGAGGAUAAUUAUGAGAGUACUCAGAGUGGGAAUGGUCGAAGCAAAAUAGGAGUAAGGGGCAGCAAGUCCAACCCAACAAAGUCAGCCACUGGCCAGUCAUCUCCCUCUCAGGCAUCCCCCACCCGCAGAUCUCAUAGGAUUUUUCGGAGAAUGGAUCCUUCGCCCUGUUCGCAUAUUCCCGGCCAGUCAGGUAGUUGUGAUACUUCACCUGGUCAUCUCGCAUCAACUGGGGAGGAGCCACCUAGCAGACUGCCACAAACUCCAUGAAUUUGCUUCGAUUGCAGUUAUAAUUUAUAAAUUUAUAUUAUGGUCAUCUCCCUUCUCUAAUCUCUCAUCUCUCCACCCAAGUGGGGUUCCUUGUCGAAUGUGCCAUAUGCUGAGAGAAAGGGCUAGAAGAGGACACCAUUGUCCGCUGUGAUGUUGAUAAUAAUCAACAUAUGUGACACAAUUUGGAAACAAAAUGUUGUGGUAUGAAUAUCUUAGCGUUGUUUGUAUCGUACGUUGUUUCCUAAAAAGAAAAAAGAAAAAAAAGAAAUUGGAAUA